GCUCUGUGAGGUGAAAGGAACUGACGUUCUCAGUUUCACUUUACAUGGAGAGGGAAACUGAGGCCUGAGGCUCUGAAGUGAGGCUCCUCCUGCACAGCUGCUCAGCUCUAGGUCCCACUGGAUCUUAGCAUCUCAGACGCUAAGCCGGUUGCUUUUCCUAUAGGACAGUGUGUGUUGAUAGCUUGUCGUCACUUGGUCAGUUCAAGGACAGUGAUUUGGGUUCACGAGUGGAGCCAUCUCUGAGUUGGCCUUCACCGCAGUGGUGUUUCACCCCAUCGGCUCACGUUUCCUAACUUUCUUCUGCAGUGGCUGGUGAAGCGAGCUAUAGAAACAAAAGAAGAGAUGGGUGACUACAUCCGCUCCUACUCUGUGUCCCAGUUCCAGAAGACCUGCAGUCUCCCUGAGGAUGAUGACUUCCUCAAGAGAAAAGAAAAGGCCAUCAAGACUGUUGUUGACCUCUCAGAUGUUUACAAGCCCCGUCGGAAAUACAAACGCCAGCAGGGAGCAGAGGAGCUGCUUGAUGAAGAAUCUCGAAUCCAUGCUACACUUUUGGAAUAUGGCAGGGUGACUGACUCCUUGAUGUGAGUGUGCCUCCUUGUGCUUCUUCCUUUAUGCUGGAAGUGGUUGCUGUGCGCUGCCUCCUAACCCAACCCUCCUUGGGUGGCUGGAACUAACAGCACUACCACCUAGUGUCUCCCUAAGUGAGCACCCGAUGGCUUCCCCCUCUGGGGUAAUAGAACCAGCGGAAAUUAGGCUUAACUGGCUUAAUUAUUCCAUCUUUCAAAUGGAAUUGCAAUCACCACUUUGUUUUUGGUUUUUGAGGGAGUAGUGUGGGGUCAAGUCCUUCCUUCCCAAGGUUGAAAACUAGUGUGUUUUCUAACUAGUUGUUAGUUCUGACCCUAAGCCACCUGGUGUGUUGGCUGCCCCCACAGCUGACAAGUUGCUGCUGUGAAUUGAACUCCUCUUCUGAGUCAGGCAGUACCAGAGCAGCUACGUAAUUUAUGGGACCCAAUAUAAAUGAAAAUGCAGGGCCCCUUGUUAAGAAUUAUUAAUAAUGAUUAAUUGUCAAGAAUUUCAAGACAGCAACAACAACCAAGUGUGGGGCCCUUCUGCCUGUGGGGGCCCUGUGCAGCUAGACGGUUGCACGCCAUGGGCACCGUGAUGGGGUCUUUCUAGCCAAGCCCAAGCUGCAAGUGAGUAGAUGAGGCUGCACUGCUCUGGGUGACCCAGAGCUGGAGAGACAACCUCUGUGAAUGUCACGUGUUCCAGAGCCAGAGGACUUAGGGGAAUGUUGUGCUGUUUGUUAGUUUGUAUUGUUCAUACCUCCAUUUUUUCCAAUAUCGUGGAUCCUGCGAUGUUCCUGGGAGUGAAAAGGAGUCAGAGAGUUGGUAAAUGACCCACCUCACGGAGACCAUGCUGACGCUAUUUCGAUACUUUGUUUUGAAAUCCUCAGUUUCAAACUGGAUCUUUUGCGUGCAUGGUAGAUGGUAGCUGUUAUCACCUUGGGAGGGCUGGGUAAAUUCGAGACAUCCUCUGCAUCCUCAGGAGUGGUUGGUGCAGUUUGAGGCCAGAGUCAGGCUGGGCUUUCUUUACGGAAGGGAGCAGGGCACAGCUUCUGUUUGUGACUCCUCUCACAUUUGGAGGGUGAGAAAGGGGCACAGUGUCGCAGUACCAAUCUUAGUUCCUGUUGGUGGGUCAUGCUGAGUUCUCCUGAUUUCUCAGAAGAGGGUAGGUGUGUGAUGAGGAUUUUUUGUUUUUGUUUUUUUGGGAGAGGGAUUAUUUUGCUUUCUGUGGAGCUUUCUGGCAAGGAGAAAGUGGGUUUGUGAGAGG